ACAAGUUAACCAUAUUUACGAACGAAAAAAGAAAUCUCCCGCCAAAGUUUAUGUCAAAAAUCAUAAUUGCGUGCGCUUGUGCGUUUUCAAGAUACGCGCAAUUUUUAGUUUACAUGUUAAUUUGUUAGUAUUGUUAUUUGUUUGUUUGCAUUUGUAACAAUUGUUCGUAUAUUAAGUGUAUCAUAUUGAAAUUACUAAAUCAUACCUCCGAAGUUUAGAUAAUAGUGCAUAGAAAACAUUAACCGGUACCAUAAUCCGGAUGCAAGCGCAACCGUUGCGAGAUGAAACAAAAGUGUCUCGAAUCUGUUUAAAUAAGUGUUAUUGUUAAUUGUUAUGUAUACCGCCUGCCUUUUGUCGAGUUAAAUCGAUAGUUUUGUGAUAAAAAGUACCUUUUUAACCCCUUAAAAUGGAUGUAGCCGAUACCUACGCUACACAAAGCCAAGUUAAAGAUGAGGUUGGAGUCCGUUGUCAGAAGCUUUUCCAGGAUUUCUUAGAAGAGUUCAAAGAAGAUAAUGAACUGAAAUACGAAAAGAAUGCUAAAGAGCUUUUGAAACCCGAGUUAAGCACACUUGAAGUCAGUUUCGACGAUGUUGAGAAGUACAAUCAGAAUCUUGCAACCACAAUCAUAGAAGAAUAUUAUCGAAUAAAUCCUUUUUUGAAUCAAGCUAUUCUGAAUUAUGUUCUUAGUCUUGCUGACAGUGGUAUGAAGAAGGAUUUACAGGAUAAGGAGUGUUAUGUGUCAUUUGUUGAUGUACCAACUAGGCAUAAAGUUAGGGAGUUGACUACGGCCAAGAUUGGUACAUUGAUUAGAAUCUCUGGGCAGAUUGUGAGAACCCACCCGGUGCAUCCUGAGCUGGUCUUGGGCACCUUUGUCUGUUUGGAUUGUCAGACAGUUAUUAAAAAUGUUGAGCAACAGUUUAAGUACACAAUCCCAGCAAUCUGCCGUAACCCUGUGUGUGCCAACCGACGCCGCUUCAUGUUGGAUGCUGAUAAGUCAGUGUUUGUUGACUUCCAAAAGAUCCGUAUUCAAGAGACACAAGCUGAACUCCCAAGAGGAUGUAUUCCUCGAUCUCUUGAAGUUAUCUUAAGAGCAGAGGCUGUGGAGUCUGUACAGGCUGGAGAUCGUUAUGACUUCACUGGGACUCUCAUAGUUGUUCCUGAUGUUGGUUCCUUAUCCUUACCGGGGGCAAAAGCUGAGCUCACAACCAGGACUAAACAAGGCAGUGAGGGCCAGAUGGAAGGCAUUAAAGGUCUGAAGGCUUUGGGAGUUAGGGAACUACAUUAUAAGACAGCCUUCCUAGCAUGUAGUGUGCAAGCUAUAUCGCGAAGAUUCGGUACUGCUGAUGUCGCGACCGACGAUCUUACCACCGAGGACAUGAGAAAACAGAUGACUGAUAAGGAAUGGGAUAAGGUAUACGAAAUGUCGCGCGAUCGCAAUCUGUACAACAACUUAAUCACAAGUCUGUUCCCGAGUAUCCACGGCAACAACGAAGUUAAGAGAGGCAUUCUGCUUAUGAUGUUCGGAGGGGUCGCUAAGACUACUAUGGAAGGUACAACACUAAGAGGAGACAUAAACGUGUGCAUAGUAGGCGACCCAAGUACUGCCAAGUCUCAGUUGUUAAAGCAAGUGAGUGAGAUCACACCGAGAGCUGUAUACACCAGCGGGAAAGCGUCGUCCGCUGCCGGUUUAACUGCCGCUGUUGUGAAGGACGAAGAAUCAUUCGACUUCGUGAUAGAAGCAGGCGCUCUGAUGUUGGCGGACAAUGGUGUGUGUUGUAUCGACGAGUUCGACAAGAUGGAUCCCGCAGACCAGGUCGCCAUCCACGAAGCUAUGGAACAGCAGACUAUAUCUAUCGCUAAGGCUGGAGUCCGAGCAACACUAAACGCGCGCACAUCAAUCCUCGCCGCAGCCAACCCUAUCGGCGGCCGAUACGACCGAGCGAAGUCUCUACAACAAAACGUAGCUCUGAGUGCACCUAUCAUGUCUCGAUUCGAUCUUUUCUUCAUACUAAUCGACGAAAGUAGCGAGAUGGUUGACUAUGCUAUCGCUCGGAAGAUUGUAGAUCUGCAUUGUAAUAAGGAGGAGACUUAUGAUUGUGUUUACUCAAGGGAAGAUCUACUGCGGUAUAUUGCGUUUUCGAGGUCUUUCAAGCCUAUUAUUACUGAGGAAGCCGGCAAGUUGUUGGUGGAGUACUACACGGUCCUGCGGCAGCGCGACGGCGGCGGCGCGGGCGGCGGCGGCGCCUGGCGCAUCACGGUGCGGCAGCUGGAGUCCAUGCUGCGCCUGGCCGAGGCCAUGGCCAAGAUGCACUGCAGCGGCCACGUCAGCCCGCAACACGUGCACGAGGCCUACCGGUUACUGAACAAAUCAAUCAUUAGAGUAGAACAGCCAGACAUUCACUUGGACGAAGAUGAACCUCAGUUUGAACCCAAUAUGGAUGUCGACCAAGACAUACCUAAUGGUGACAGUGAAACCCCAGUGAAUGGCGACUCGGCACCUAAAAAGAAACUCACGUUAUCAUUUGAAGAAUACAAAUCAUUGAGUGACAUGCUUGUUGUGUUUAUGAGGAAGGAGGAAAUAGAAGCCGAGACCAGAGGUGAAGAGAAUGCGGGUAUGCGCAAGAGUGCCGUAGUGAGCUGGUAUUUAGAACAGUUGGUGGGACAAGGACAGAUAGAGGAUGAAGACGAAUUGCUUGAGAGGAAAACUUUGGUCGAGAAGGUUAUUGACAGACUCAUGUACCAUGACCAAGUCAUCAUACCCCUGUCGACUACAGGACUCAAGGCAACACAGAAGUCGGCCGACCAAGAACCUGAAGAUGAUCCGUUACUAGUGGUCCAUCCCAACUAUGUAGUCGAUACCUAGACAUUCCGAGUUUAAGUUAACUUUUAUAAUAAAGUUUUUCUUACAAA